AUGUGUUUUUUUGGCGACAUCUAUUCGAUUUUAUAUUGGUGUACUUCGACAUCCAGCGAAACUGUCAUUCAAAACCGAAUCAAUGAAGCAUUGAAUUCGAUGCUUCUUGGACAAGUGGUAAAAUGGUUGUCCAAUACGUGUCGAAACGACCACACUCCAGAAGUCGCCGUUCGCGAAUAUUGUCGACAUUCGGCUGUGCAUUGGUUUCACACACCUGAACGGCAACGGAUUCUGGGCGCGGCUAUUGAUCUCGGCUUUGCAUGUUUAGUAUUUCAAGCAUCUGAUAAAACAACGAAAUGCUGGUCCAAUGAAGGUGAUAUUUAUCAAAAUAGGGAUGUGUAUUACAUUUUGAAAGGAUUAGAGGGCUUUUUUAAAGAUUAUCCCGAAUUAAUUUCCCUACCACGCUAUACGUUCGGUUCAUCCAGUGGCGGUAUAUUCUCCAGUGUAUUUGCCAUUAAUCAACAGUAUCCUAUCCAUGGACAAGUUAUAUACACUUCGAUCAUUCUCCCAGUGAUCUUGCACAAACAUAUAAAAAAUGGAAAUUAUCCGACAACAGUAUGGAUUCACAUGUUACGUGACAUUGAAUUUGCUUCGGCACAACGUAUUGAUAUGUCGAAAGAAAUUCUUCGGAAACAAAAUAUUUCAUGUACUUCGUUUCCUAUCGAACCAUCACAACUCACAUCGACGAUAUUUCAUGAUCGACAGCCUGUAAUCACUCAUGCUGCGUCACAAUUUCUCUACUCUCAAUUACGACAAUAUCGAUGGUUAAAUAACUACAACUACAUGCUCCAUAAUCCUCGACAGAAACUGACUUGGCAGGGAUUUCUGUUCGCUAUGGUGAUCAAUCAAACGAUGAGCAAGGAAGUAUUUGACAAUAUUCAUACACAUAAACCCGAGAUAUACGAAUUAUUAAAUACAUUUUAUGGUGAACAUGAAAUUAGCCAUGAACGGUCGUAUGAAGCUUUGAAAUGGCUUUUAGAUAAUUCAAACAAAUAA